AUGUGUGUGUGUACUGAUGUCAGUGGACAGACGGAGCUGAGCAGGUCUGGGAAAAGAGUGGGCCGGCACAACAGGUGUCGGAAGGACCAGAUGCUGGGCUUCCAUCGGCCCAUUCGUCCGUCUCGCGUGCGUGGGCUGACAGUCGGUCGAACGGCCUCCCUUGGCCUCGGACGAGUGGGGCUAUGGAAACCGUCAUGUGAUGCAGAAAGAGAGAUAACCACCCACAGGAGGCAGGCACGAGCACAGGCCGAGUCGUCCGCACAUUAG